AUGAGUAUACUCAGACCGUAUUUUAAGCUUCAGGCAGAGUAUGAUUUUGAUAAACCAAAUUUUAUCUUUACUUCCGAUAUCCCUAAAACUAUAAUUAACAUAGUAUCGAAAUAUUUGCUGCUAGCAGAAAAUGGAGGAGAGUUAACUGACAUGACACGGUUCUAUCAUCCGAUGCUUGAAUUUAACGUUAACAUCGAGCUCAAUACCUUGCUUGCCAGAAAUCGUGAUUUGAAGCCAAGCGACCUAAUAAAAGAAAACUUGAUUACAUUAGCCAAAACUAAGGAUCGAUGUUCGACGAAUAUUGAAAGCUUAUUGACAGCUGUACCGAAGACACCGGGACUUAGUAUUAACCCAUAUCAAUUUAUGUCCAAUGAGGUAUUUAUUGUCAAUUUGACACUUAAGGUAUUGGACUUUAUCAUUUGCGUGAAUGAAGAUACAAACGUGAUUAUUGAUUUCUUAAAAGACGAAAACUAUGGCAUGUUAUUAUUGAGUGAUGAACAAUUAAUAGAUCAAGUUGAAAACUAUAUAAAAGCGACAUUCAUAAAGGGACUUAAAGAGCAACAGACACUGGAUUCAAACGUCGAGUCACGAAAGAUAAAUAUAGCUGACAAUGGCUAUUUAGCCGAUAUUACAGAUGUCCCCAUGGGCAUUCAAGAUGUCUCUAUUAAUAACGGGAAGUCAUUCGUAUAUGAUGACGACUAUGAGUCAUCACUAGAGGAAUUGUUAUUAUUGAGAUCUAAUGAUACUAGGUCGACUGCUAAUGAGGAAGGCAACGACGAUUACGAGAUUAGAACCGAAAGUAUAUUAAUAGAAAAUGAUGAGGAUAAUAAUGUCUUCAGAAUUAAUACUGGCCCGUCAAUAUCAAAAACAAGCAAGCAAAUAAAUACAAUUAAGGAAGAAGAGUAUGAAGACACAUUUAUUGAAGAUAUAAAUAAUUUAAGACACAAUGAAUACUUCAUUAGAUCGGAUAAUUCGCAAGAGAGCGCUAAAAUCGUUAGUGCAAUUCCAGAAUUGAUGACAUUACAUUCAGAGACUCAACACAACCCCAAACAGCAUACAUCACUUCUUAGAUCCCCUGCUCAAUUGACCCAGCAAAACUUGGAGUCUCCAAAAUCCUCCACAAGACGCCUGUCGGUAGUAUCCCUGUCCCCAAAGCAUAAAUCGGUAUCACGAAGAACAUCAGCUGCAUCAUUUUCCAUGAUCAAUUAUGAGGAUGCCAAUCCGGAUUUGGAGUAUGCAUUCCGAGACAAGUCAUCCACCGUUCCCAAAUAUAUUAAACUGGAUAAAAAAUUCAAAUUUAUCAAAGUUGGGAAAGUUCAAAAAUUUGUUAAUUUAUUCGAGGAAAAGCUGGAUCUUGCCUCCAAUAGUACACCCAGUACGCGGGCCACCAGUCCCUUGAAAAAGGCAUAUGUGCCUACAGACUGA